AUGCUGCGAGCCCUUAGUCACACAAAUGAUAGGUGUGCGUUCCAUCACGCUAAGUGUUGGCAUCGUCGUAAGCCUGUGCUGGCAAUCAGGAGAGAAGAUGUCAAUGCAUGGGAAAGAAGAGCACCUCUAGCACCAAAGCAUGUUAAAGAAUUGACACAGAUGGGAUACAAGGUCUUGGUGCAGCCAUCAAACCGGAGAGCCAUCCAUGAAAAGGAUUACAUCAAAGCAGGUGGCAUUAUUCAAGAAGAUAUUUCUGAGGCUUCUCUGAUAGUAGGUGUGAAGAGACCUCCAGAGGACAAAUUAAUACCGAAAAAAAACUAUGCCUUCUUCUCUCACACUAUUAAAGCCCAAGAGGCAAACAUGGCCCUUUUGGAUGAGAUUCUAAGACAGGAAAUUCGACUGUUUGACUAUGAAAAAAUGGUUGAUCAUAAAGGAAUGCGAGUUGUGGCCUUUGGAAAGUGGGCUGGUGUAGCAGGAAUGAUCAACAUUCUACAUGGAUUGGGAUUACGAUUUUUAGCCCUGGGACAUCACACUCCCUUCAUGCACAUUGGAAUGGCGCAUAAUUACAGGAAUAGCAGUCAGGCUGUGCAGGCAGUACGGGAUGCUGGGUAUGAAAUUUCACUGGGAUUGAUGCCAAAGUCAGUUGGGCCUUUAACAUUUGUGUUUACAGGCACUGGUAAUGUUUCUAAGGGUGCCCAAGAAAUGUUCAAUGCCCUCCCAUGUGAGUUUGUGGAACCACAUGAGUUAAAGGAAGUUUCCAGAUCUGGAGACCUCAGAAAAGUCUAUGGGACAGUGUUAAGUCGUCACCAUCAUCUUGUAAGGAAACAUGAUGGAGUAUAUGAUCCAGUAGACUACGAUAAACAUCCAGAACUUUACACUUCUCGCUUUAACACUGAUAUUGCACCCUACACAACUUGUUUAAUUAAUGGCAUAUACUGGGAACAACAUACUCCUCGCUUGUUAAGUCGACAGGAUGCUCAGAAGCUGCUAGUGCCAAUUCGAUCUGCUGCUGGUGCAACGGAGGGCUGUCCUGAGUUACCACACAAACUUCUGGCAAUAUGUGACAUUUCAGCAGACACUGGAGGAUCUAUAGAAUUUAUGACGGAGUGUACAACAAUUGACAGUCCAUUUUGUAUGUAUGAUGCUGACCAGCAUAUUAUUCAUGACAGUGUUGAAGGCUCUGGGAUUCUGAUGUGUUCCAUUGACAAUCUGCCAGCACAGCUUCCUAUAGAAGCAACAGAGUACUUUGGCGAUAUGCUUUUCCCGUAUAUUGAAGAGAUGCUGUUAUCAGAAGGCUCAGAACCUCUUGAAGGCCAGAAUUACUCAUCUGUUGUUCGAGAUGCAGUGAUUGCAUCCAAUGGCUCACUGACAGCUAAGUAUGAAUAUAUCCAGAAAUUGAGGGAGAACAGGGAAUACGCUCAGUCACUGAAGAUGGGUAAUAAGAAGAGGGUUUUGUUGCUCGGAUCUGGCUAUGUUUCUGGCCCUGUACUUGAAUAUCUCACUAGAGAUUCCAGCAUUGACAUCACAAUUGCAUCUGUCAUGAAGGAGCAACUUGAACAACUGACGAAAAAAUACAGCAACAUCACUUCAGUUCAUAUGGAUGUCAUGAAGCAUGAGGAAAAGCUGUCCUCCUUGGUGAAGAAACAUGACCUUGUAAUCAGUUUGCUGCCAUAUUCAGCACAUCCCUUGGUUGCUAAGAAAUGUAUUGACAACAAAGUGAACUUGGUAACAGCCAGCUACUUAACACCAGCUAUGAAAGAACUCCAGGAGAGUGUAGAAGCUGCUGGUAUUACAGUUAUCAGCGAAAUGGGUUUGGAUCCUGGUCUUGACCAUAUGUUGGCGAUGGAAUGUAUUGACAAGGCAAAAGAAGUUGGUGCUACGGUUGUCUCCUACACUUCUUUCUGUGGUGGUCUACCAGCUCCAGAGCACUCUGACAAUCCUCUGAGAUACAAGUUCAGCUGGAGCCCACAAGGAGUGUUGCUGAAUACGGUUCAGUCUGCUACAUAUUUAAAAAAUGGAGAGAUUAUCAAUAUUCCAGCGGGAGGAGCAUUACUCGAUUCUGUUACUCCGAUGGAUUUUUUCCCAGGAUUAAAUCUUGAAGGUUUUCCAAACAGAGACAGUACCAAAUAUGCUGAGCCAUAUGGUAUUCAGACAGCUCACACUUUGUUGAGAGGAACCUUAAGAUACAAAGGAUACUCCAAAACUAUGGGAGGCUUUGUAAAACUAGGAUUAAUUAACCCAGAUCCUUAUCCCUUGCUAAGCUCAAUUACGCCACCUCUAACCUGGAAAGAGCUCAUGUGCAAACUGGUUGGAAUUAAGCCACCUGCUGAGUACCAUGUUCUUAAAGAAGCUGUAUUUAGCAAACUGGAAAAGGAUGAAAGUCAGCUAGAGGCAGUGGAAUGGCUAGGUUUAUUGGGAGAUGAACCAGUUCCAGCAGCAGAUUCAGUUGUGGGGGCUCUUGCAAAGCACAUGGAGAUGAAGUUGCCCUUUGGCACUGGAGAGAGAGAUAUGAUCGUUAUGAGAAAUGAAAUAGGUCUCAGGCAUCCUUCUGGUCAUUUGGAAAGCAAAUUUAUUGAUCUGGUUGUCUAUGGUGAUAACAAAGGAUAUUCUGCGAUGGCUAAAACAGUAGGAUACCCCACGGCUAUUGCUGCUAAGAUGGUUCUAGAUGGUAAGUGA